CAGAGCAGCCAGGAGGAUGUCUCAUACUUAACCCUCAGCAAGCUGCCUGGCGACAGGGCUGGUGGGGCCUGGAGAAGUCGCCUUGAGGUUGCUUGGACUCUGGGAAAGGCCAUUGGGAGCAGGCUUGGGCAGGAAGCCGAGCCUCCGGGGAGCUGGGAGCAGCGGUUCCCGAGCCAAUCACGUCCUGCGCAGGGGGCGGGUAGCCUGGGCCGGCGGGUAUUUGGGGAAGCGUCUUGGUUCUAGGCGCUCCCAGUGGCUCCCUUGCACAAGUGACUCCUGGGCCCAGUUCUGGGGCAAAGAUGCCUGCCCUUCACAUGGAGGAUCUGCCGGAAAAGGAAAAGCUGAAGAUGGAGGUUGAGCAACUUCGCAAAGAAGUGAAGUUGCAGAGACAACAGGUGUCUAAAUGUUCUGAAGAAAUAAAGAACUAUAUCGAAGAACGUUCUGGAGAUGAUCCUCUGGUGAAGGGAAUCCCAGAAGACAAGAAUCCCUUUAAAGAAAAGGGCAGCUGUGUCAUUUCUUAAAGAACUCUGGGGGAAACUCUAUUUUCAGUUGGGGCAAGUUGCUCUUUUAUCCCCCCCAAUAAAACCAAAGUGUGUGUUAAAGAAGGAAAAAAAAUGUAAUUGAGAAAAAAGGGUUGUAAGCACUCUCCAGGCAGUUUAUGUAUGAAAAGUACCUGCUUCUCAUCUUUGCUCACGUUACCCCGCUUUUCAAAGGGCAGAACAGCUGACGUGCAGUUGUGGGACGAAGCCGUGACUCUCCCCUUUCAGUAUGCUGCUUACUGCCUCCAAUAAAGUUUGUCUUGGGAAAGUUA